CUGAAGCAGGCUGCAGCUGAGUGAAGAGCAGAGUUGGAAUCCUUUUCAUGUCGCUCCGCAGACGUCCCGCAUCCACACGUCUUAAUGGCUUUUUAUGGCAGCUUGGAAUCUUUAUGGCUCCUUCUGGCUCAAUGGGAUUCGCUGCAGAGACAGAAGGGUCUUCAGAGGGAGGGACAGACACAAUGCAUUGCAGAUGCUGACAUUUUUAAACCAGGAAAAGGAGACAUUUUCUGGCUUCUGGAGCGAAUGUAACCUCUGCAUUUCUGGAUUACAGUGUAUCACAACAUUUUUUGAUGCUUUAAUACCGUGGAUUAUUUUCAUUCUUCAGCUAUCACUAUGUACAGCAUUUCCAGGGAGUGGGAGUAUGUUCAGAGUUUUUGUGAACCUACAUGUUUGGGCCAAAUUUUCAGCAUUGAUCGUGUGGUAGCAGCCUGUCUGACUUCAGCUCCCCUGCAGCGGCACGUUUAACUGGUCAUCAUGGGCCGAACGCCACACAGAGAUCAGAAAGAGGAGAAAGAGAGACGCAGCAGCAUCACAGCAGGAUCUCCCCUCGACAAAUCUAAUGAAUCAUUCAGAUGGGAAGACUAUCUGAGAGAAACGUCCUCGACUGCAGCGUCACCGACUUGCUUCAAACAGUCCAGAAUCCCCCCCUCUAAUGACUUUAAAGCGGGAAUGAAGCUUGAGGCACGGGACCCUCGCAACUCUAACUCUGUGUGCAUAGCAACGGUAAUGGGCAUGAUGGGCACUCGCCUACGCCUGCGUCUGGAUGGAAGUGACAACACCAACGACUUCUGGAGACUGGUUGAUUCGUUAGACAUCCAGCCAAUAGGAACCUGUGAGAGGACCGGAGACAUGCUGCAGCCACCGCUGGGUUUCAGGAUGAAUGCUUCCUCAUGGCCCAUGUUCCUCCUGCGGACGCUGAGUGGAGCAGAGAUGGCCCCUGCCUCUGCUUUUAAAAAGGAACCAGCCACAGCAGUUAAAAACUACUUCCAGCCUGGCAUGAAGCUGGAGGCGGUAGACAGGAAGAACCCCUACCUGAUUUGUCCCGCCACAGUUGGAGAGGUCAGAGGUCUGGAGAUUUUCAUCAUGUUCGACGGCUGGCGAGGCGCCUUUGAUUACUGGUGCCCCUUUGACUCCAGAGACGUCUUCCCUGUCGGCUGGUGUGCCCUGACGAAACACAGUUUACAGCCGCCCGGAAAUUUCUUUACGCUCCCUGGGGCACUGCUUGUUCCGGGUUCUUCCACCUCAUCCUCCCUCACUACACGUCGCUCCUCUUCCAACUGUUCCUCUUCCUAUAUGCAGACCUCAUACCGACUUCCAAACCCCUUGCCCCCCCUCCCUGUGCGCAAGGGGGUCCGUGGUCGUCGUCCCAAAUCCCUGACCAUUGCUUUGUUGAAGGCAGCGGCUGAGGCUGCAGCGGCAGCAGCAGUAAAUGGAGCAUCAGCGAGUCCUGUCAGGACGAGCUCUGAGGCUCCUCUGGCCCCCAGACCACACAAGAAGCGAGGGCCCAAGCCUCGGAACAAGAAGAAGCCAGGGGUGUUGAAAUCUCUGGGGACACCGGCAGUUACAGCCCCCCCUCCAGAGACCAGACUAACCCCCGGACACGCCUCAGCAGACAACAACCAUAGCAACAGCUCAAAUGUAGUUUGCACAGUGUGUGUCUAUGUGAACAAGCACGGGAACUACGGCCCGCAUCUUGACAGAAAGCUAGUGCAGCAGCUGCCCGACCACUUUGGGCCGGCUCCAGUCAACGCAGUGCUGCAGCAGGCUGUUCAGGCCUGUGUGGACUGCACAUACCAGCCCUCUGUGAUGCUGUCCUUCCUGCAGAGCCAGUCCCACACAGGAGGAGAGGUCAUCAGAGUGCGGUCAGAGCAUGGUAUCCGCUAUGUGAAGCUGCCCUCGGCCUCCAGUACGUCGUCUGUGCUGCGGUUCUUGGAGAACAUGUGCCAACAUCUGGAGAGUGACAGUUUGUUCAGCUCCCAGCCGUUCAGCUCCUUCGGCAACAACACACGCUUCUACAACAGGACCAAGUCAGAACCACUAUCCCACACUGAAAAUGGCCUGUCUAAAGAAGACUCAACAAAGGAUGCUGCUCCCAGCACCCACCCCUCUCACACAACAUCGGACUACAGAGUAACAAAGAAGGAGCGGCCAUAUUACCCCGGACACUCGCACACGCCGCCACCCCUCAGACGCGUCAGUUCAAACCCCACUGAGCUUGGCCAGAUGUGUCCACCCAGACGAGUUGAGGGUAGGGUUACUAAAUCCGCUAGCUCGACGACAGGCCCAGACCACGUGAAGCAGGACAAGGAGGGUUCAGGGAGCGACACCUCUUCCUGGUCAGUUGACGAUGUCAUGCGGUUUGUCCAAGAGGCUGACCCCCAAACUCUCGGCCCGCAUGUCGAACUGUUCAGAAAACAUGAGAUCGACGGCAGAGCUCUGAUGCUGCUGCGCAGUGAUGUCAUUAUGAAGUACAUGGGACUGAAGCUGGGCCCGGCGCUCAAACUCUGUCAUCACAUUGAGAAGCUGAAACAGAGCAAACAAUAGAGGAUGAAGGAAAGCUUUUUUCCCACUGGCAACCAAACCCACACAAAACACUUAUUGCUCUACACAGGGAUGUCGUGUAAACCCGCCUGACCCAGGGUCGUAGCUACCAUUGAGGACAUUGAGGUAAAGUCCACUGGUUUUUUUCUGUAUUUGGAGAAUGAAGGGAGUUUGAAAAUACAAACUUACAAAUGAUGGUCAUUUAUUUAACUGAUUUGAUAAUUUUUUCACUUUUAAAAAAUGUGACUACUUUUGGCCAAAUACUUCUGUAAUCUUAAAUCCUGGAUAACAGAGUGUGCACCACUUACAUUCUAUCUUAUUUUGGAGGAAGACCUUGAAGAUCAGUUCCUGAAGAGUUAUUUCUCUUUGUUUGUGUGUUUCGUGUGCUGGAAGACACUGAAGCUGAACAUUACAACAUGAGGACUGAUGAGGCUACAUGAUUGUUUUAUUCUUUAACAGUCUAGCAAUUAAUUAAACACGCAGGCACAAGAUAUAGGCCUACAAAGACUGAAAUACUGUACGUGUUGACAUUUAAAUAAAGUCAAGGCCUCUAACUGUUUAGUUGCAAAGUGCUCCUCAGAGAGUGAGAGGAAACUGUUUUGUAUAAAGUCAAGCCAAAAUGUUUUUGAUAUAAUUUUCUACUGUAACAAAGAGUAAAAGCGUAAAUGUAAUCACAUUUUUUCCUGCUUGAAAUAGUUUUUGUGCACACCAUCAAAUAACUACCUACAGGAUGAUCCUGUGUGGGGGUAAUAAUUCAUAUGUUUCAAAGUAUGUAUCUGUUUUCCAUGGCAGAGAUACUAAUUUUCUGAACAUUUCAGAACCAUUUUAAAACCAAAUCAUGUGUGUUGUAGCUGCAUUUCACACUGUUGCUCUCCUGUAGUGGUGACAAGUGGAAACUUUACUUGAAACUUGCUUUAAUUUCAAACUCAGGUUUUAGAAGGGGUUGUUUCAUAGAAUAUGUUUUACAUAGUUAACAUUUUGCGUUUAUUACGACAUAGACGGACUGCACAAUAACCAACUAUGUAUAUUUUUAUGCCUUGUCAUCUAUUACCGCCCUACAGCCUUUCAUGUGUACAUGUAAACGUGUUUUUACUGUGAUUUUGAGAAAAAAUGUUUGACAAAUAUGUUUGAAAUGCAAUCAUACAAAUAAACAUUUGUUUAUGUCAUCUAAA